AUGACUGCGGCGCGCGCCAUGACCACAGUCACGGCCACUGAGGCGAGUGACCCAACACUCAACCACAAGCAGACGGCGCUAAAAGGCUCUCACCACAGCGGAGUCCGCGCUUCCCUGCAAAACCCCGCUUCUGAAGCGCCCUUCCCUCCCCCCUGGGACGCUGGCGGCACCGUCUACUUCAACGCCCCGCAUGGCCCAGCCCUGCCCUAUCAUCCGAACAACCUUGGCACUAUGGCCCUGCCCCCGGGCUAUGAUCUCUACGCCACUCAGCAUGCUCUUUUAGCAACCUCGCCGGGCUUCCCCCUGUCGGGCCCGCCGCCGUACGGCUACCCGACCACGCCCGAGGCCAAUAAUUACAACCCCUGGCCCGUGCCCGGACUCGGCCUGCCCACCCCAGCCUCCCCGAGCCUGGGCUUGGCUUCAAACGGUUUCCCGCCAACCCCGACCAUGAUCGUGAACGAGACGCGAUCUCACAUUGCAUCCACCCCGAGCAGCAACACGAAUGGACCGUCACCUGGACCUGGCGGCUACAUGCUUCAUUCCUACCCACACGCCCUCCACGCCAGUUCGGCGUACCCGGGCACGCCCGAGCAAGGCAGCUUCUGGGCUCCUCCGCCCGAAACCUCAGAGCCGUUUCUACAUGCUUUCACCGGUCAAGCACCCCCCCUGUCCGCCAACGGCAUGCCCCUCGCCCCCUACCCACACCCGUACGCGCACGGCAACGGCAACGGCCCGCAGCCCGUGCAUCCACAAAACGCAUACCACGGCCCGCCCUUCCAUCACCCUCAGCACUUGCAGCAGCCUCACCAGCACUACCACGGACCCCAGGCUCCACAGCCUUACCAUCAGACCGCCUUCCCAGUGCCCUCGGCGGGCCCCACGGCAUACCAAACACAGCCCUAUCAACGAGCCAUGCCGCCUGCAAUCCCAUCUCCUCAUCCGUCCAGUACCCGCACCCCGCCCUCGGCCACCGCUUUAAAGCUUCAACCCCCACCCAAAGGCAGACACACCCAUACGCCCCCCUCGUCGUCCAUCUCUGCGCCCGCGCCCCCUGCAAGCCCCGCGUCGUCAAUAUCCCAUCCAACUCUGCCCGAUGGACCCCGGCCCAAUGGACCCCUGCCCUCGGCCGAGCCCUCGGCGAGUACCUCAACUGUCGCUUUUUCACAGCACCCGACAGUUUUGGCCGCCAUGUAUCCGGUUCGUGCCGAUGCAGAUAGUACCUGGCCUCCAACAGGCUCUAGUCAGCACCAACGUGCCGGAACAGGCCUCAACACCGUCCACGACCCGCCACCACCCACCUCUGUCGCCAAUGCGCCUCCCUCCGUCCCCACCGACCAGGCCUCAGAGGCCUCGACACAGGAACAGGUGGAGUCGCACGGCCCUGCAACCAAGCCCUCUCCGUCAGACCGCAGCGGCACACCGCCAAAUGUGCAGCAGCAACGAGCCCGUGCCAUGCUCGAGCUGCGCAAGGCACAAGCUAGCCGCGCCGCUCAAGAUUGGAUGCAAGCUCAUCAACGACCACCCGUUCGAACGGCCCAGCACGAAGCAAGCCGGCCACCCAUGCCACACAGCUAUCGACAACAGCGUCCCAGCGCCAUGGUAAAUGGGUCCCAUCACCACUCGACACCUGCCGUCAAGCAGCUCGCCGCACAGAGCGAUUCAGGUCUAGAUCCCGCAACCCCUACGUCCACCGCUGCCACAGCACUUCUUCCCACCGAGGCCGCCGAUACAACCUCGUCAGUGUUUGAAGCUUCAGUUCUAGCCACUAUUGAGGCCGCCACUGAUUCGGGCACCACAGACCCGCAACUCGUGGUGCCGAGUCCAGCCCCCGUAGCGCCUGCUCCUAUCCAUGAGCUUCCAGAUGCCGCGCUUCUCUGUCUGCAAGCUGAUGCCUGUGCGACGCUUGAUGAGAUGCUGGACUGGUGUGACAUCCCAAGCCAUCUGAGGGCUGCACACGACUCUGAGCAAGAUGCCCAAGUGCACCCGCACUUGGGCCGACGAUUGUUCACCAUUGACAACCCCGUACUCAACAAGCCCUCCACGGACGUCAACGGAAUUUUGGAGCUAUUGCACGAGAUUGAGACUCCCGCGCCCGUUUCUGCCGAAGAGGCAACGGCCGAGGCAUCGGCAGGGGGGCUUUCCGAUACUGUCUCGUCAUCGCACCGCAGCACUCGAACGAUGCUGCCCGUGCAAACCCCAACAACAGGAUGGUACUUCCCGAGGCCGCUCCAACCCGCACCCGCCCGUGUUUCAACCAGACCAGACUUUCAUGCGGCAGCAACCUGUCUGGGUGCAAGGCAAGGCUCCUCUGGCCCAAGUGCUCAAUGCUUCAUAGCCUCCGGUGCUGUUCGCAAGAGCUGGCGCAAGCGCUGGUUCGUGCUCGACAGUCAUGGCAAGCUAUCGUACUACAGUGGACAGCACUCGGACAAGGCAAAGGCAUCCAUUGAUUUGAAACUGGUCAAGGACGUCAUCGCCGCCAAGCACUGCGAGUGUGCCUGGCCUCAAGGAUUCCCACUAUCACAAGCCUUUGGUUUGGUGACUGAGACUCGGACCUAUCACAUGUAUAGCGAAAAUGACCUUGAGUUUCUGGACUGGAUGCGCUACAUUAAGAAGGAGGCGCGGAUCGCCCACCCCAUCCCAACGGGUGCCCCCGUCACGGAUGGCAUUACGUCUCAAGUUGUGCAAGAGGAUCAUUUGGGUCGACACAAGAGCGUGGUUCGACUCGCGCAUCAGUCCGGGGCAGCCGCCGUACCGGCGAGACCAGCGGCGGCGCCCGUAACCGUGGCACCAGCUGCAGACCCAGACCUGAGUGCGAUCCCACCCCAAGUCAUGCAUGGUCGAUACGCCAUCGCGCACAUCAAGCCAGCUACUUGUGCUCUUUCGCUUAAAACCCAACGCCCAAAAGUCUUGCCGAAACCAAUACAAAAUUUCGCUUUUGCAUCUCAAGAACAAAAGAAGUUGGCCAACAGAUUCCUUUUGUUCUCUCUCUCUCUCUCUCUCUCUCUCUCUCUCUCUCUCUCUCUCUCUCUCUCUCUCUCUCUCUCUCGUCGUAGCAGAUCCAAGCUGGAAUGCAGAAUGCUUGGUUUUUGUUUUGUUGUGGUCUUUUGUGUACACGUUGAUGACAGGUGUGGGCACUCUACAUCUCUGAAGUGUGUGCGAAAAUCUGUCCUCACGCCCCCCUCCUUCUUUUCUCUGAAUGUCUCUGUUCUCUCUCUUCUCUCUGACUCUCUUCUCUCUGAAUGUCUCUCUCUCUCUCUCUCUCUCUCUCUCUCUCUCUCUCUCUCUCUCGGUCAUUCAUCCAAGAGUGUCAAGGCCGUAGUAUCAACCUGCCAUCAUGCCCUGGAAGCCCCCACCCCAACCCAACUCUGGCACCAUGGCUGCUUCAACUGCGAGAUUUGCCACAUCAAGCUCACCAUGAGCACGUACCGUGGCUAUGAAGGCCAGCCCUACUGCAAGACGCACUACCCUCAGGGUAAGGCCACGCAGGUGGCGGAUACCCCCGAAACGCUGCGUUUGAAGAAGCAAACCGAGCGUCAGUCCGUCGUUCAAUACACCAAGAACUAUCAGGCCGAAAAGGGCAAAUAUGUUGGUGCCGCUGAUGACAAGAACAUUGCCUCCGCCCUGUCUAGCCAGAAGAAGGCGUCCAACCUGGGUUAUCGCAGUGCCGCCGAGGCCCCGGCACCCACCAAGCCUGCCCCCGCCGCUGCUCCGGCCGCUGCUCCGGCCCCAGCUCCUGCUGCUGCUGCCCCUGCCCCUGCGCCAGCGCCCGAGGCGGCCCCAGCUCCUGCUGCCCCGGCUGUCGAGAGCGAGGACUAUGUUGCUCAGUACGACUACGAGGCUGCCGACACGGACGAAUGCUCCAUCCAGGAGGGUGAUGUCAUCACUGCCGUCACCAUUGUGGACGAUGGCUGGGUCAGCGGCACCAACUCGCGCACCGGCCAAAGUGGUAUGAUCCCCAGCAACUAUGUGGUCAAGCAGAGUGAGGCUCCUGCCCCAGCUGCGCCUGCUGAGCCCGAACCCGCACCUGAGCCUGAACCCGAACCUGAACCCGAACCUGAACCCGAACCCGAACCCGAACCUGAACCUGAACCCGAAGUGGCAGCUCCCGCUCCUGCGGAUGCUGCGGCAGAUGGAGAAAAGUGGAAGGCACUCUACGACUACGCCGCCCAAGAUGGCGACGAGGUGUCUGUGACCGAGGGUGAGGAGGUCAUUGUCCUUCAGGUCAUCGACGAGGGUUGGGUACAAGCCCGCAAUAGCAGUGGUGCAGAGGGCAUGCUGCCCAGCAAUUACAUUGAGAAGGUUGGAGGUGAUGCUGCCGCUGCCGCUCCUGCUCCUGCUCCUGCCGCCGGUGGCGUCGAGACGUGGUCGGCCCUUUACGACUACGAGGCCCAAGACGGUGAUGAGCUCAGCUUCCAGGCGGGAGACAAGCUCAUUGACGUCGAGCAGGUCGAUGACGGCUGGGCUAACGGCACUUUGCAGAGCUCGGGAGCCCGUGGCAUGCUCCCCAGCAACUACAUUGAGAAGGAUUAAAUCCCUCCGCGCCUAGCCAGCAUCUCGUACCUCUCAGUGUUCUCUUGCUUGUUCCUCUUUUUUUUCCCCUUGUUUCGGGUGUUUGUCAUGACGUUUGUGUUGCGUGUUGGCAUGUGAGUGUGUUUGCGGGACGGGACACUCAACAACACUUUCAUGGCAUUAAACAUUCCUCGUCUUUUUCUGUUUCUUCUUCUUUUCGAAACGUCUCUGGGACGGCACGCGCUGCCUUGUGACCCGCCACACGUACCUUUUGGGCCUUCUUUCCUUGAUCGGGGUGGAUGCUUGCCCUUCUUGUGUUUGUAUAAUCUGUAGGGUGCGUGCCCCGACGCUCCCAGUACCUUGUCUCUCCCUCUCCUCUUUUUUUUUCUCGUCCACUUUCUACUAUGCAAACAAAUUGACAUGUGAAG